UAAGUAACAGAUUAUACUCCUUCCCAUGGCUUCUAACGGGAAAAACCUUGUCCAUGAAACCCAAGUGGUGGUUGUUAUGAUACCUUUCUCUGCACAAGGCCAUCUCAACCAGCUUAUGCACUUUGCACGUCAAAUCUUGUUACACAACAUACCAGUCCAUUAUGUUAGCACAGUCACACAUAUUCGUCAGGCCACACUUAGAUACAACAAUUCCACUUCAAACAUUCAUUUCCAUGCCUUUCAAGUUCCACACUUUGUUUCCCCUCCUCCAAACCCAGAAGAAAAUCACCCAUCGCAUCUACUUCCAUCCUUUGAGGCCACCUCACAUCUUCGUGAGCCUGUUAGGGAGCUUCUUCAGUCCCUCUCAUCUCAAGCCAAAAGGGUCAUAGUCAUCCAUGACUCUGUCAUGGCCUCAGUGGCACAAGAUGCCACAAACAUGCCCAAUGUUGAGAACUACACUUUUCACAGCACAUGUGCCUUUACCACCUUCGUUUAUUUCUGGAAGAAAAUGGGAAGGCCUUCAUUUGAAGGAUUGCAUGUCCCAGAAGGAAAACUUCCUUCUUUCGAAGGAUGCUUCCCAACCCAAUUCUUGGAUUUCUUGAUUGCACAAAGUGAAUUUCUCAAAUUCAGUGAUGGAAACAUCUUCAACACAAGCAGGGAAAUUGACGGUGUUUACCUUGAGUUGAUGAAGGGUGUGACUGGUGGCAAGAAAAUUUGGGCACUGGGACCGUUCAACCCUUUAACCGUUGAGAAGAAGGGUUCAAAAGGAAGAAGGCACUCAUGCAUGGAGUGGCUUGAUAAACAAGAGCCAAAGUCAGUCAUAUAUGUGUCUUUUGGGACUACAACAACUUUGAAAGCGGAACAAAUCCAACAGAUUGCAACUGGGUUGGAACAAAGCAAGCAGAAGUUCAUUUGGGUGCUUAGAGAUGCUGACAAAGGAGACAUCUUUGAUGCAAAUGAAGCAAAAAGGCAUGAUUUUUCAAAUGGGUUUGAGGAGAGAUUUGAAGGGAUAGGGCUUGUUGUGAGGGAUUGGGCACCCCAAUUGGAAAUUCUGAACCACCCUUCAACAGGGGGGUUUGUGAGUCAUUGUGGAUGGAACUCAUGCUUAGAGAGCAUAACCAUGGGGGUGCCAAUAGCAGCAUGGCCUAUGCACUCUGACCAGCCACGAAACUCAGUUUUCAUGACACAGGUGCUCAAGGUUGGUUUAGUUGUGAAGGAUUGGGCCAAGAGGGAUGUGUUGGUUACUGCUUCGGUUGUUGAGAAUGCUGUGAGAAGGUUGAUGGAAACAAAGGAAGGUGAUGAGAUGCGAGAGAGAGCAUUGAGGCUUAAAAAUGCCAUCCACAGGUCCAUGGAUGAAGGUGGAGCUUCUCGCAUGGAAAUGGAAUCUUUCAUUGCUCAUAUCACUAAGUAGUCUUAUGGAUUAAUAUUAGUUUGUGGUUCCUUUUUGAAUAAGACAGAAUUUGAAUUCAUGAAUAAGUUAAUGCGCAGAAUAGGAUUGGCAUGAAAAUA